GCCCAGAACUACUGCUGCAGGAACCCAAAGCUUGCACAAAGGGCUGAAACUGUAUUUUCGAGGCCGGCAAACUCUGCGCCAAUUUCCACGCUGGUGCUUAAAACAUCCAGACUAAGAAGCUGAGCCGUAAAGCCGCUGAAUAAAAAUCUCACGACCGAGAAGAGAGACAGGCAGGGAAACGUCCUCCUGCCGCUGCUCCGUACGCGCGUCUCUCCCGUUGCCCUGGGCACGAAGCUGAGAACUCCGGCCGGUUUACGGCUCGGAUGGAGGGGCCACGGGCGGCGGCUUCGGACGGGCCGGGCAGACGGCGGGUGGGACCUGCGGCCCCUGGCUGGGGCGCCCGGGGAGAGGAUGGAGCGCCUCACCCCCGCCGCUGCCCCCCGAAGCAGGAGACCCUUCCGCUGCGCGAAGCCGCCUCACCGGGAGGCUGCGCCUUUUGAUGGAGACAGCUGGAGACUGUAGCAAGCCACGUGCAGGAGUGAGCCGCAGCCCCCUGACACACCUGCAAGAGGUAGAACCCCGCGUGGCAAAGCGGCGCUUGUCACAGGCACGCCACCGGGCUACAUUGUCAAGACUCUUCAGCAGCUUUCGGGAAGCUGUUUUAUCCCAGUCAGACAACUCAGCCUCAAAGUAUCAGGUUUUGCGUAAGGCUAAGAAAUCUAUCCAGAAGCUGGAGCAAACCUUGGGUUCUUUGCUGAAGAUGAAAGAGUCCUUCAGCCUGGAGGAUGGAAACCCAUCCAGCAUGGGGGAAGUCAGGGAGGAAUAUGUCAAGAGGCACUUCAGCAAUCACAGCACUGCAUCAGCCUCAGAAGCUGCGAGUGAGAGUGACUCUAGCAUCUGGAAUUUGAUUCAAGAAUGUGAAAAACAAACAAUGGAAGAGGAUGAGAAGCCAGAAUUUGCCCAGUGUCCAGACACUUCAUCCCCGGAUCUGGUGGAAUUUGAACGAUACCUGUAUUUUUAUAAGCACACAGUGGACCUGCUGAUAGAGCAUGGGAUUGUUUGCACUGAGGAGGUGCCUCUUCCUGAGGUCUCCACAGCUAUUUCCUACCUCUGGCAAGAGCUUUCUGAAGAAAGGAGAGACAGCAUCUUGCAGUACUGUAGCCAGAGAGAUUUCCUCAUGGAUCCUAAGGCUGCAUGCACAGAAGGUAGUGUGAGGGACAGCCGAGGUAACAGUCAGGAAGCCAGUGGUUCCUCAGUCUCCACACCAGAGGAAGUGAUGUUUGAAGAUGCGUUUGAUGUUGCUGCUGGUUUCCUUGACAGAAGUGAGGCUCAGGGAAUGUCUAGCCAGAGUUCAGCAUUUGCAAGCAGCACUUCAGAAAAUCCAGAGGAUCACCACAGACUCUAUCUGCAGAUCACCGACUUCCUGAAAAGCCUCUUCUUCGCUAAUACACAGUUUUGCCAGGAAGAAGAUCUUCAGUUCGAUUAUGAGACUGUGAUGCUGAGGUGCACUGAGACCUUCGAUGAUGAAGAUUUCUAAGCAGUAUCUCUGUUUGCUAACGUUUUGCCGAGCAUUGCUGGGUACACCAGGCACGUGAGGAGACUGCAUCUCUUUCAGUGAAGCACUUAUCUGAGCAGUGUGGAGACACUGUGUUAAAGUGGUUUGUUACUGUUGGCUUCUCAUUCCCUCCCUCAUCAGUGCUCCUUGACAUCAGUUGAGUAAUUUAUACCUUUAAAAGUUCCAGGGUUUAGAUAUUUAUAAAAUCUUAAGAAAUACUCUUGUCUAUUGCUUUUUAAUGUUUAAUCUCACUUCCCAAGUAAACUGAGACACAUACAGUUAGGUGACCUUGCCUAGCAGAAGCUGUGGGAGAGCUGCAGAGAUGUCACAUCAGCAACAGCCUGUGCACCCCUGGAGGAUGCAGAUCUUGAAUUGCAACCUGCAAAAAUCACAGUGCCCCUGCAUCCUGGCAGCAAUUAUUUUUCCUGUAAUAUUUUUUAAUUUGGGCUGACAAGGAAAGGGUGGUUUCCUCAUAGAGAGUGAGAUGAGGCUCUUCCAUCUCUUUUUGAAUACAACAGCAGUGGCCACCCACUCCUGAAUUGUCCAGAGAAGAGCAGGCACAGUAAUACACUUUGGAUUAUUUACUUUUGCAAAGUGAGGAAAGCUGAAUAAGCAGCCCUGUGCUCUUCUGCCACAUAUUCUUUGGUGAGUAGUGCUGUUCAGAUAGUGUCUCAGAAAUUAAAAAUGAUGUGAAGAUUAAUAAAAUCCUUCAUAUCUCUGAGCUAUCAUUAGAGGCUCUCUGCAGACGCAGCCAAAUGGUGUUCUGGCAGUGGUUAUGCUGAGGUCAUGCUAACAGCUGUCACAAACAGAAAGGCUAAAAGGUUUAUUUCAAAAUCUAAACUAAAGCUGGCAUGCCCAGGUAUCUAUCACUCUUCAGCAGCCAGGCUUUUAGACUGAAUCCAAGAGGGCUGGGCUGAGGCCCAGCACUGCCCUGGUGCACAAGAGCAUGAUACAUGCAGCUGUACUCAGGCAAACACACGUGAAGACCAGUACUGAAAUACAGGGGGAGAAUAAUUCUUCCGGAGCACCUGCUGUCCCUGCAGCUCUGGCUGUGGUAGCACUCCCAAGCUGAUGUUUGCCAGGCUGCUGUGUUUGGAAGGGGGGCUGGGGGCUCCUAAUUGCAGAUCCUGUUUGGGUUUGAGCCCCGCUGGGCUCUCCAGGGUGCAGCCUUGCCUUUUCCUGGCCUUCCUAGUGUGCUUCAUGUGUACAGGCUACCAUUGCUUUGAGGCUAUAAGCAACACUGGCCCUCUCUCCUCCUCCUCCUCCUCUCCCUCUCAUUCCACAAUGUCAAGCAUGUCCAUCCCCUGGGCAGUCUGGGUUUUGGGACAUGUGCUGGUUGAAAUACACAUACAGACUUUGCAGAGAAUCCAAGGUUAAAUAAUUUUCUUUACUAGUACAAGAGACAUACAUACCUAGAGGAGUAAGUAUUUGCAGCCCCUCGCUUUACAAUAUAUUGAGCAUCACAUAGGGCAGUCCUGCUGCCCAGCUCAUGUCUUCUUGUGGGAAAGCCAUGAAAAUGAGCUGCUGAUGAGCCAUUCUAGAGACAGUGCACCUAGGUACAAGCAAAUAACCAUGACUGGGUCUGCUUGGACAGAACACCAGGAGCAUCUGCCUGGACUUCCUCACUAGCUGCCUGCCUCCCUGCCAAGCUGCAAGCAGGGUGAGCCCACACCUGGUUGAAAUGGGUGAGUCCUGCUGCACUCAGGACUCAGCAGCAGCACAAAGGGAAAUACAUUGACAGGUAGUUGGCUGUUCUCCAGGCAGUCCAGAACAGCCCUCAAGUGCUCGGUUUUACACUCGAGGAUCCUCUAAUAUUCAUUUAUUUUCAUUAAGUAGCAAAUAAACUGAAGCUGCGUCACUGCGAUGCAAAGCCAAAGCUGUAAUCAAGCCUCAAGUGGCCACAUGCAGCUGGGAGGAGCGGUGUCCCUGCAGCCUAAGCCCUGCCUGCUUCCUUUGAAAAUUUGGAAAUGUCUGCCUGAGAUAAAUAAAAGGAUAUUUUAUAAAUAUAUAACAAACACACCGAAGGGGGAAUUUUAAAGGACAUUUAGGAGCCUGAGCUUGAAAUAGGGACAUAAACAGAUUCUGAAAACUGCCCAUAAGCCUCAGCAACAGCAGACACAGCUGCCCCCUGAUCAGCAUCCCUCCCACAGCUGUCUGUGCGUCCUGCACUAUAGGACGUGCCAGGGUGAGGAAUGAGCCUCCACUGGGAGGCUGGAGCCUCACGCCAGGAGCUGUGAAGUCAUGCCCAGAUCUACUCCAGGGAGCUUGCGAGCCAAAUACGAGAUGGGGACACACAAGACAUGACAGCAGGCUGGGCGUGCAGGAUGGCAGCAGAGAUGAGCAAUGUUCUCCAUCUUUAGGGUAGGGAAGAAGAAGCCAACUGAAAACUGAUUUUUUUGUAGGAAAUCUGUGCUAAUAGUAUUUUUUUAAUGGAUCUAAAGCAAAUAAAAAUGUCUGGCACUUGCCAGCAUCCUAACAGGUCUUUAAAGGUGAAGCAAAAAGAUACAGAUGCUGACACAGAGCCAGUAAAAUUACUGAGGGGUCCCCUUUAUGCUUCUCACUUCACUUUUUCCAUUUGGGGAUUCCAACUGUAGCACCAAAGGAAAAAGUUUCACGUGCAAGAUGGAGCAGCUGAAGGCUAAAUGGCACGGCAGGUUUUGGCUUUACUGGUGUGGCUUGUGGACCUUGUUCGUGAUCUGUGUGUCCUGUUCCCAGCCAAACCACCCCUCCAGUGUGCGGUGCAUCUGGCCAGCAGCAGCCUGGCAGCUUCAGUACAGGACACAGAGACGAGGAGAUGUAGACUAACAACUCACUUUCCCACGUGUGCCACAGCACACAUACAUUCAAGAGGUCUGAUGAGUAAGACUAUGGAUUUGGCUUGUCUGCUAGAUCCCCUGGAGCAUAGGCUGGCUCUAAGUAAGCUUACAGAUAUAGUCAGGGUUGUGAAGUAUGAAGAAGCUACCAGAGCUGAGAUGGCUGGGAAUAGUUAUCUCUGAUGGUGCAGGAGAAUCAGGUAUACUUAAAUGUGCAAAUCAUUUUUUCUCCCAAAGACAUAACCAGUCUUCAACAGACACUCCAACCUGCUAAUAACAGCAAACUAUUUAUACCAUAAUGUUUCCUCCUUAAGGAUCCCUAAUGCUCACACAAUUGAUCUAUUCCGGCUUCAUUCACUUCCAAAGCAGAAAAAAAAAAAAUACAUAUAUAUAUAUAUAUAUAUCCCUUAUAUAUAUAUUUGUGUGUAUAUAUAUAUAUAUCUAUGCCUUUUAUGUGUAUAUAUAUCCCUUACUGAUAAAACAAGCCACCUACAGCUGCAGGACAGGACUGAAGACCUGGACUGUGAUAGGCAUGAGGAAUAAAGGUUUUUCACUGAAACUA